AUGUUCGCUGGUAUCGAGUACAGCAUUGCCCCGGCCACGCGCGCCGCCGUGCACGCGGACGUCGCUCCAAAAAAGAAGGAUCUGUCGCUCGCGAACGCCCUGGGCAGGGACAUCAUUCGGCUCGACCGCAGGGAGCUCGACCAGGUCCCGAAGGAGCUUCUCUCCCACAGCACGCUGCGCACGCUGUCCCUGGCGAGGAACAACCUGAGCUCCGUCCCCGACGGGAUCCGCGGGUGCUCGAGCCUCCGCAGGUUGAAUCUCGCGGGCAACAAGCUGAGCAGUUUGCCGGACGCGCUGGGCGACCUGAAGGAGCUGCAGGAGCUGCGCGUGGAGGACAACUCGCUGACGUCGCUGCCGCCUGCGCUGGGCAAGGUCGCGACGCUCACGUUCAUCAGCCUGAACGGCAACCCGCUGACCGGGGAGCUGAAGGAGGCGUGGUACGGCCCCGCGCCCGCCGACGGUUCGGCGCCGCCGCCGGUGCCCACGGAGAAGAUCGCGGAGCGCACCGCCGCGGUGCUGGCCGUGCUGCGCGGGCAGCUGUCCGACGCGGACCUUGCGGCGGUGAAGGAGAAGGAGGCCGCGGACCGUCGCAAGGCGGCUGCGCAGGCGCUCGAGGGCGGGAUCUGCGGUGGCGACGCGGGGGCGCUGCGGGCGGCCAUCGGGGAGGCGGAGGCGGCGGGCGUGGUGAUGCCCAAGGGCGUGGGGAUGCGGGCGAAGGAGUGCAUGGUGUUGUUCGAGUCGAUGGGGUCGUCGAAGGACGACGAGGAGGUGCUGAAAGAGGCGCUGACGCGGUGGGAGGCGAUGGCGGCGCGGGGCGCGGAGAAGAUGGGGCCGACGGUGCGCGCCGCGAUGGACGCGAUGCGCGAGCUGAAGCGGGAGCGGCUCGAGCGGGGGUUCCGGCAGCGCGCCGAGGCCUCGAUGACGUCGCUGGGCGGCGCGCAGGCCAGCGCGGCGAGCGUGGCCGCGGCGUCGCGGCCGCUCGCGACCGCCGAGGCGUCGGCGGCGAGCCACGCGGAGCUCGGCCCGGGGCGCUCGACGGUGGCGGUGGGCCUCGCGCAGCUGACGAAGAACAUCGGGUUCGACGACUGGGUCAAGGCCAAGAAGCAGAAGGAGAAGGAGGCGGAGGAGGCGCUGCGACGGCACCUGCGGACCGAGCGGUCGACGAGCAAGGCCGUCAGCAAGCAGAAGCGCCACGAGGAGCUGGACAAGUCGCGGCGCGAGUCGGGGUGGCCCUCGCAGCACGUCGAGGAGCGCAAGCACGGGUCGUACACCGACGUGGAGCGGCUCAAGGCCGCGCGGAAAAUGAGGGGGAACCCGCAGGGCAUGCCGCCGUCGUCCAGGACGGUUGCCGCUGGCGGCGAGGAGUGA